CACGUCUGUACUCACGUGACACGCUAGCAGCAGACGCCACAGUUCACAUGACGCUCAAAAGCUUCGCUUCUGGUGGAAACUAAGACCGACAACGACAACCUGCGUCAUCCGCGUCUUCCAGCGGCGACAAAGAAGAAGAAGGCGCCGAUUUAAAAAAACAAACAACAACGCUGCUUUUAUUCCAAAGUGACGUCGAGUCAAGCGCACUUCGCUCCGCACGACACACCUGCGUCGGCGGCAGGAGUUCAGCAUCCAGCCGGUGACAGAAAAUCCUCCCGAGUCGUGACAAUAAAGACUCCAAAGAUGAGAUAUUUCCAGGGUUGUGGUUCCUUGCUGCUCCUUGUCUGCGUUGCGGGCUUAGGAUGCAUCCAAGCUGUUACUCUUGAAGUGCGGGAGGGGAACUCCACAUGCAUCAAGGCAGAAGUCUCCGCCUUUUUCUCCAUCACUUACAACGCCUCCAGCGGUGCGAGGAGUGUGCAGGUGCCGCUGCCCAACACAACCAGGGUGGAUGCAGGCAGCAGCACGUGCGGCACAGGAGGUGGCCUCCCGGGCCUGGUGGCAACCUUCGGACCUGGUCACGCCCUGGGCCUGAGCUUCUCGAGGAACGGAAGUUUCUACAGCGUGGACAACCUGACCCUGCAAUACAACCUCAGCGACGCCUCCAUUUUCCCCGAUGCCAACAGCUCUGACGUGGUCACUGUUGUGUCAGCCUCCGUUGGAAUCCGGGCCGCAAUCAACACCACCUACCGCUGUGUGAGCGCCACCUCUGUCGCCGUGGGAGCACAAGUGGUCACCCUCUCCGACAUGAGGCUCCAGGCCUACAUGCCAGGAGACGACCUGAGUCCAGCCGAAACCACCUGUGCAGCAGACCAAGCCAGCACCGUCGCUCCCAUCACCACCCAGACUCCCAGCACACCGCCCCCAGAACCAAGCACACCUGAACAAGGCGUGUACUCCGUUAGAAAUCUCAACGGCACUGUUUGUUUCCUGGCCCAAAUGGGACUGCAGCUCAAUUUCUCCUACGUCUCUCAAUCGCAGAAUAAGACCAUCCAAGAAAUUUUCAAUCUCACCCCAAAUCUGACAAGUUCGUCCGGAUCGUGCGAGGCAUCAAGAGCUACUUUAGUUCUGGUCCAAGACAGAACCACCACACUGGGAUUCACCUUCAGCGUGAACUCCACCAGCAACAAGUUCUACCUGAGUGCCAUCAACUUGUCUGCUGACUGGCCUGACAUGACAGUGCCCGUCUCCGCCGGCAGCACGGACCUGGACUACCUGCGCACCACACUGGGCCGCUCGUACAAGUGCAACAUGGAGCAAAGUCUGCCGGUGCAGCCCGGCUUCUCCCUCAACACCUUCAGGCUGCAGGUGCAGGCCUUCAAUGUCACCACCAACCAGUUUGCCACAGCUGAGGAGUGUCAGAUGGACCAGGACCAGAUGCUGAUCCCCAUCAUCGUGGGAGCCGCACUGGCCGGCCUGGUGCUCAUCGUGCUGGUCGCAUACCUCAUCGGCCGCAAGAGGAGCCAUGCUGGCUAUCAAACCAUCUGAACUGGACUCUGCUCUCAGGACAUCCUGGAGGACUGACUGACUGACUGAGUGACUGACUGAGUGACUGACUGAGU